CCGCGCUGCCGGGGCGCGUCAUCCCAGCGCGCCGAGCGUGCAGACAUGGUGGAGCUGGGCAGAGUGUCGUUGAGCGACCCCGGUGCUGUUCUACCCACGGGCUUCUGGGCCGCCGUGGCCGUGUGGCUGGAGAGGCCGCAAGUAGCCAACAAGCGGCUAUGUGGCGCCCGCACGGAGGCCCGCGGCAGCGCUUUCAUGCCCCGCGCCCAGACUGAGAAAGGACCGCGGCAGAGACAGGGACCCGGGCUGGAGGGGCAUGACGCGGGAGAACCCGGCCAAGCUUCUCCCGAGGCAGAGCCAGGAUUAGGAUCUAGGGCAGGCCUCGGAGGCUUCGCGGCUGACCUGGACUCUCUGUGGGACCGCGUCUCCCAAAGCCUCGUCCACGACAAUCCGGAAAUGCUGGCCUUCCUCUCUGGCCCCGCGUUGGGUUCUCAACCGGAAGUCCCGCAGCUCGACCUGAUUCUCAGAACCGUCAUCCCGAAAGCGAAGUGUCAUUACCCUCUUACGGAGCCGAAGAAAGAACUGGUUGUGCAAGAUGUCACCAAUGGGAGUGUCACCUUUUUACCCUUGGAAGAAGAUGAUGAGGGGAAUUUGGUGGUUAAGAUGAGCAAUGUGUAUCAGCUCCAGCUCCAUCACAGUGAAGGAGAAUGGUUCAUAUCUGUUUUAAUUUUCUGUCCAGAGAGGUGGCAUUCAGAUGGCAUUGUUUAUCCCAAACCAUCCUGGCUUGGAGAGGAACUGCUGUCCAAGCUGGCCAGGUGGGCUGUGGAGAACAGGAAGAGUGAAUUUAAAAGCACACUUUCCCUGGUGUCUGUCCUGCGCUACAGCAAGAUGUACCAGGAACUCAAAGAGAAAUACAGAGACAUGGUUAAGGUUUGGCCUGAAGUAACAGAUCCUGAGAAGUUUGUCUAUGAAGAUGUGGCCAUCGCUACAUACCUGCUGAUCCUGUGGGAAGAGGAGAGGGUCGAGAGGGGAGUCACCACCAAGCAAUCCUUCGUGGACUUGGGGUGUGGAAAUGGCCUCCUGGUCCACAUCUUGAGCAACGAGGGGCAUCCAGGCAGAGGGAUCGAUGUCCGAAGAAGAAAGAUCUGGGACAUGUAUGGACCCCAAACUCAGCUGGAGGAAGGUUCCAUUACCCCGAGUGACAAGACCCUGUUCCCUGAUGUUGAUUGGCUGAUUGGUAAUCACUCUGAUGAGCUCACUCCCUGGAUCCCUGUCAUUGCAGCCAGGUCCUCCUACACCUGCCGGUUCUUCAUCCUUCCCUGCUGCUUCUUUGACUUUGUGGGGCGAUACUGCAGGCGGCAGAGCAGGAAGACACAAUACCGGGAGUACCUGGACUUCGUGCUGGAGGUGGGGCUUUCCUGUGGCUUCCACAUGCAGGAGGACUGCCUCAGGAUUCCUUCUACCAAGCGGGUCUGCCUCAUUGGGAAAUCCAGAACAUAUCUGCCUUCUGCAGAGGUCUGGAUGGAUGAGCAGAGGACACGGUACCUCCACAGCAGACAGAGCCACCCCGAGAGCCCACCUGGUGAGGGACAUGCACCUUCUGCAACCCAGGCUGCUGCCCACGAUGCUGGUCACCAGGACAGUCACAGGACCUUCGAUACUGGGGCUGAGUGCAUGCCUGACAACCUGGCUACUGAGGGCAGAGCAGCACCAGCCACAGGGCUCUGGAUACCUGGGUUCUGCCCUAGAGAAAAGGCCGAGCGUGUGAGGAAUUGCGCUGCCCUUCCUCGAGACUUCAUUGACCAAGUGGUUUUACAAGUGGCAAAUUUGUUGUUAGAUAGGAAGAAGUUAAAUAUGAAGAGUUCUGAGGACAGGAGUCUGAAGACCUGGAAUGAAGGAGGGAGCCUUUCUCUGGCAGAAGUGGCUGCAGAACUGAACCCAGAGACCCUGCAGCAGCUGAAGCGGGAGUGUGGAGGCCUACAGACCCUACUCAGGAAUAACCAUCAGGUGUUUGAAGUUCUGAAUGGGCGAGUUCACAUCCGUGACUGGCGGCAAGAACUGCAGAAGGAAAAGCCACCAGAAGUCAAGCGGAGCCUGUCUGCAGACGUGUUCAAGACGCGAAUCUGCUGGUUCUUCACUCACCAUCCUGAUGGCUGUGCGCUGCCUGCUGCCUGUUGCCCCUUUGCCCAUGGGCCUGAGGAGCUACGCUUGACCCAGACCUCAAAGAAGCAGAGACAGGCUCCCUGAGUCACUUCCUCAGUGAUCUCUAGCUGGUGGCUCUGUGACUCUCCUGCCUGUCUCUCCUGUCCUGAUGACACCCUGUUGGGGCUAGCUUGGCUUCAGUGUGACCUGUCGGUAUGCAUAGCCACUGUCAGUUACUGGCACACAUCUCCAGGCUGCAGAGCCUGCUCAGCCCCUCUCAGACUGCCCUGACGUCAGAGCCAUCAUGUCAGCUUCUACACACAUGGCCUUCUCCUCCUCAGGGCUGCGAACCCCAGGUUCCCUCUACCUGGGAGCUGGCUGCAGGGUGAUCACAGUCUCCUGCAAGCAGAGACACAAGGCUUCCUAUGAGGCUAUUAUCAGAGUCCUAGAAAGAGCGGUUUCCAGAGUCAAACCCUGCCACCCUGUAUUCCAAGGCAUGACUCAGAGUGAGCACUGCCCCAGCCUCACCCUUCUCUUUGGAACCCUAUCCCCAGAAGUGUUAGACAGUUUUUCCCUUCAGAAAAAAAUUAUUUCCAUUUAAAUUUA